AACAGACAUUUCACUAGCAGAGAGAGUAAACGUCAAUUGUUUUAGUUUCAUCUUACUAUUUUCCGGAUAAAUGGCCAUAAUCCGAACGAAACUAAUUUCAAAUAUAAUCACUUCAAGUUUACUUUAAUCGACUAAAAUCCCCAAUGUACACAACCCCUCUGUGCACCUCCGCAAAUGUGUUUUAGGUAUUACUCGAAUUCCGAGCACAAAAUUCAUGGCAGUCUGGAAUGGAGUUGAGCAGAAAACUUUAUAUAUCACCGAGGAAUUAUAAAAAAUCGAAAUUAAUUUGAAAAAGUUUAACAAAAGGAAGAGUUAAUUGUGUGCAUUAGUUGUGAUGAUUUAACAUUGGAAACGAUAAGAAAAUGCUGAAAAUUAGGCAAUUAAAUAAAAUAUGUGAAUGAAAACCACCGAAAUUAGCCUAAAUAUUGUAGUUUUAUCGUUGUUAAUACUGGUGAAUUAAAAAUUCAAAGAGAAACGAGGUAUAACAAAAAUAUAUAAAGAAGAAAAAGAAACAAUAAUGUGUUAAGUGUACAUAAUUUAACCGAGGUUUUCUUAAACCGCACCAGCCCAAACAAUUAAAAAAUAAAAUGGGCAAUGGAGCUACUAUGCUGAUUUCACUGUUAUUUUGGAUUGAUUUAUUUGUCUUCUCAAGCGCACAAUAUCGUAGUCCUCGCAUAACGGAACACCCUAGCGAUAUAACCGUACCGAAAAAUGAACCAGUGACACUCAACUGCAAAGCUGAAGGAAAACCAGAACCGACAAUAGAGUGGUUUAAAGAUGGUGAACCAGUAAAAACAAGUCCAAAUGAUAAUAAAUCGCACCGUGUGCUCUUACCAUCUGGUUCACUAUUCUUCCUUCGCACGGUGCACGGGAAAAAGGAACAGGAUGGCGGUGUUUACUGGUGCGAAGCGGCGAUCGGAAAAGUUAGAGUGGUCAGCCGCAAGGCAACGUUAAGCAUAGCAGUGCUUCGUGACGACUUUAGGUCGGAGCCAAAAGACACAAGGGUGGCUGCUGGAGAAACAGCAUUAUUAGAAUGUGGACCACCGAAGGGACAGCCAGAACCCACCAUAAGUUGGAAAAAGGAUGGUAUAAUUCUCAACAUUGAAGAGCAGAGGGCACAUAUUCAUAAUCCUUCGUCACGAAUGAGAAUAGUUGACGGUGGAAAUUUAUUAUUGAACGAUGUUCGCCCGCUGGAUGAAGGGCGAUAUCAAUGUGUGGUGCAAAAUGUGGUUGGAACGAGAGAAAGUUCGUCGGCAAAAUUAACCGUUCAAGUUAAACCGUUUUUUAAUAAGGAACCGGCUGACAUAACGGUGUUGGCAGGAAAAACUGUUCAAUUUCAUUGUUCGGUUGGCGGUGACCCCGUUCCACAAAUUUUAUGGAGAAAGGACGAUGGAAAUAUGCCAGUUGGGAGGGCUGACAUAAUGGAAGCAGAUAAAAGUUUGCUAAUAAAAAACGUGCAGCCAGCCGACGAGGGGAUUUACAUUUGUGAAGCACAUAAUAGCGUUGGUCAGAUAAGUACUAAGGCUCAACUUGUUGUGAAUACUCAACCUAGCUUCACAGUGAAACCACAAGAUCGGAAGAUUGGUUUGAAUGGUGUAGCAACAUUCGAUUGUGUAGCUCAGGGUGGCCCACCACCGUCUGUAUUUUGGAGCAAAGAAGGGUCGCAGAUGUUAAUGUUUCCGAAUAAUUCGUAUGGUCAUAUUCACGUGACCAGUUUGGGAACAUUACAAAUUCGCGGCGUACAAAAGGAAGACGCUGGCUAUUUUGUGUGUUCAGCGUUAAGUGUGGCUGGAUCAGCAACAAUAAGAGCGUUUCUGCAGGUAACGUCAAUAGACGACAUGCCUCCACCAAUUAUCGAACUUGGACCGUCCAACCAAACGCUUCCCGUUGGCAGUGUUUCAAUUCUACCGUGUAAAGCUACGGGCACACCCACUCCACGCGUACGCUGGUACAAAGACGGAAUGUUGCUACAAACCAGCGAACGUUUGGCUCACGUACAUAGCGGUUCAUUAAAAAUUGAUAAUUUGCAAAUCAGUGAUUCUGGCCACUACACCUGUACAGCCAGCUCGGAGAGUGGCGAAACUUCAUGGUCUGCAUCGUUAACUGUGGAGAAAAGCAGCUCACCGGUGCUGCAUCGAACGCCGGAUCCAAGCACAUUCUUAUCGCCGCCGGGUACACCAAAAAUCCUGAAUACGACUGAGAGUUCUGUUACAUUGACAUGGACAAAGGGGACCGAUCGACCUGGUGCCAGUCCGCUCAUUGGAUACACCGUUGAAUAUUUUAGCUCCGAUUUGCAAACUGGCUGGGUGGUUGCUGCCCAUCGUGUCCCCGGACAAACCAUAACGAUAAGCGAAUUAAAACCAGCCACCUCAUAUGUCUUCAUGGUGCGAGCGGAAAAUUCUCAUGGCAUAUCGGUUCCAUCAGCACUAUCUGCUGUUGUGAAAACUUUAGGUGCUGAGAAUGGAGUUGUACCACAAGCGGAAUUAGCAGCCGCUAGAGCCGUUCUUAGUGGGAAGAAAAUUUUAGAGCUAACAGAUGCAUUAGCCAUUAAUUCUACUUCAGUCAAACUUGAAUGGCAACUUCACGUGAGCAGUAGUGAAUUAUAUAUUGAGGGUUUGUAUGUACGUUUCCGGGAUCUAAGUGGCGGUUCGCAAAAGUACAACAUUCUCACCAUCAUGAAUCCGUUAACGAAACACUAUGCAGUGGCCAAUUUGAAAAAAUUCACGAAAUACGAAUUUUUCCUAGCACCAUUCUAUCGUAGUGUGGAAGGUCAGCCCAGCAACACAAAGCUGGUACAAACAUUCGAAGAUGUGCCUUCAUCACCACCGGACAAUGUGCAAAUUGGAAUGCUUAAUUUAACAGCUGGAUGGGUUCGAUGGUUGCCUCCACCGCCACAGCAUCAUAAUGGCAUUCUUCUUGGCUACAAAAUUCAAGUAAAGGCCGGAAAUACCAGUAAAGUCUUGGCUCAAAUGACACUCAAUGCAACCACAAUGUCGGUAAUGUUAAAUAAUUUAACUACUGGUGCGGUGUAUAACGUUAGAGUGGUAGCAUAUACUCGUGUUGGGGCUGGUCCGUAUUCGUUGCCGGUUUCGCUGGCAAUGGAUCCAACCCACCUUAUAACACCACCGCGUGCACAUCCAAGUGGUUCGGCAAGUGGAAUGGAUGAACACCAUCGACACCAGUCUCUCGUUCACGAGCCAUGGUUCAUGAUUUUGAUUGCAAUAAUGCUCUUAGUGGUGCUUUUCUCAACAGCUGCUGUAAUGCUUUUUUUCCGACGACGAAAUCAAAUUACUAAACAAAUCGGCCACCUCAGUGAUGCUGUUGUAAAUGCAAAUGAAAUAACUGCUUUAAAUAUAAAUGGAAAAGAAAGUUUAUGGAUCGAUAGGGGAUGGCAUGCUGCUGAUACGGAUAAAGAUUCUGGUUUGAGUGAAGCGAAAUUAUUGGGAAGUUCAAAUGUUCAAGCCAAUUAUACGGAUGGUGGAACUGAUUAUGCAGAAGUCGAUACAAGAAACUUGAGUUCGUUUUAUAAUUGUCGUAAAUCACCGGAUAAUCCAACGCCUUAUGCUACCACGAUGUUGAUUGGCAUUAACGGGAAUGAGAAUGGCUCGAAAUCGAGUACAGGACAUGAACCAGCCGCGUCUGGAACAACGACACCUAUAUCCGAAUCAACACAGCCAUACAGCGCUCAAAUGAAACAGACAAAACAAAUGGCCUAUCCACAAUAUCCACCAGUACCAACGAAUUGGGCAGAAUUCUUACCGCCACCACCUGGUCAUCCACCACCGAUUCCACAUAGCAAUUGCAAUCAGAGCCUCGGUAUUUGCUUUAAAACUGCCAAUCCUUUACCAUUGAGUGGAAAUCCACAACAGAAAGGGUCAUCGGUCAUUCCAAAUCAUCAAAACAUGAUGGCACCUUCAGAGCAUUCAGCGCACAGCGCUGGAUCAUCUUGCGGUAGCUUUGGUGGCUACUCACCGUGGGGCCCAGCACCGCAACAAUUCAUUUCAUUAGAGAAUUUCUAUAACAAUCCAGUGCAAUACGCUCCGAAUCAAAUUCAAUCGCAUCGAUGUCAAAAAACCCCUAGUCCUAGUCAACAUCAACAACCCACCGAAAUGUUAGCAUACUUUCCACCUGGACAGCAACGGAUUAACGUUCACUAUCCAACUAGUCAUUCGCAUUCAGACUAUCAGCCAUUCAAUGGUCAUCAUAAUUUGAAAUGCACUAGCGUAAGGAGCUGCGAUGCACUCAUAUCACCACAGCAAUCAAUUAUUCAUCCCGAAUGGUUUGAACUGCACAACAACUACAAACAGAAUCAACUGUACACAUGCUCUUCAGACUGUUCAAACAAUUCGAUAAAAUCGUGCACAAAGCAUUCUCGUCAUCAUCAGCACAACAACGACAAAUCGAAGACCACCAAUGACCGAUGCCAUCAGGAGGAUAUUUACGAAAAUGACGAGGACAGUGAGCGACAACAAAUCAUGACAUUUAAUUCCGACCAAGAUCAGCGCAGUGAAUGUUGCAGUUCAAGGGAUGGUGACGGAGACACUUGCUGUUCGUGCAGUGAAGGCUCGUUCUUAUAUACAGAGCCAAGUGAUCCGGCAGUGCAAAUACAACCGUUGAAAUUGGUGCAGGAAAUGAACAAUUACGAGUGAAUUGAUCUAUAGUUUUGUAGACGCACACAAAAAAUUGUCGACGUUCGGGUAAACCUUUCGACAUGACAAAUACGUAACUUUUUUUAGAAACGGCUAGUCAUCUGUUAUCGAUAGCAACGACAAAAAAGCGAUGACCUCCGGUUAAUAUUAGAAUGUUAGAACGAAUGAAAAUUAAUUUUCAUCAAACAUUAGAGGAUGGCGAUAUGCCUGCCGUUUCUAAAAUGAUAAUAGAUUUUAUAAGUAAUUUUACCGACAAUUUUUAGAUUGAUUUUUCAAUUUUGUAUUCAGAGCAUACAUUGUUACUUGUAACUGUUCGAGGUUGUUGCUCUUUGAUUUGCAUAUUAAUCCAGACACGAGGGAAAACCGAAGACAGUUAGACAUUGAUGACGUAAUGGAACUAAUUCUUCCUGAAAGUGAAGAACUGUGUCCAGAGUGUUCAGUUUCGUGUACUUUAAAACUGCAGUUUCGUUAUAUAGAUCAAUCUAUAGAAUAUAAAGCAAACAUGGACUGCACUGUACGAUAUGCUGCAGUUCUUCAGAAAAUCGAUUGCAGACCACAGUUUCUAAAAAAAAUACUGGGAACCGAGGCCAACAAACCUUUUAUAUGUAUACACAAUCAAUAUGGAAUCAAUCACAUUUUUCAAACCAUCACACAAAAUGUAGACUAAGUCGUUUUUUGCGGAAAAGCUUUACACCAACUAGAGAAAAUGGUCAAAUAUAUCGAUAAAAAAAUAAAGAAAAUUGUGAAUCUCUGAAUAAAAUAUCGAAAGCAGUCACAAUAAACUGAACUGUUUGCAAUAAUUUAAUUGAAAGACUGAUAUCAUGCAUACAUUUUUAUAAGCGACAUUUUGAUAGUUAAAACAAAAACAUCUCAACCUUUCAUUAACGGAUAAUUUUCUGAUAUCGACAGACAGUGAAAAAAUGAAGCGAAUAUCCUCCGGUUAAUAUGGUCUUAUAAGCUGAAAAUGAAGUAAAGUUAAUGUCAACCAAAUUUGUGUCUGGGUUUGCUUCAGUUUGUUUACUCUAUUUAUGGAAAUACGCUGCUUGUCUUAUAGGUCUUUAUGAGGGUUCAUAGUCACAGGGACGCGCGGAAUAAUGGCAAAACUGUAUAAGGACGCAUAAGCAGUGUGAUUGUGUGACUGGACCAGCUGAUAAUCAAUCUGAAGCAAACUUGGACACAAAUUUGGUUGACAUUGACUGUAAAACAUUUUGUAGCAAACACUAGGCUUAUGUUAAAGAAAAAAAGUGGCAGAAUUAAUGAUUAUAUCGCACAAUACGCUUGCCGUUUUUGAAAGGUCAAUAAAAAACGGACGAAAAACGAAAAAAAAAAAUGGAAAACCGAAACAAUAAAAUAAUUUUCAAAACUUUUGAUAAGAAAUUAAAAACCAAUAAACGUAAACGUAAAUUAGAGUUGAAGAGAGUUGUUGUUGCUUCGAACAAAAAUGUUAGUAAAACUUUGGUAGACCGCAGACUAAUUUGAUUAAAUUGCCAUUUGAAGCGCGUUGAAGUAUUUAAGUUCGACCUGUCCCAACAAAAAUAUAAACGUUUCCGAACAAAUCCUGUAUAAGUUUCUGUUCCUCAAUUUUGUUAUUAAAAUUACAAAAAAGAAACUUUCCAUUGCAAUGGUCUUGAUUGCAUUUUUGUCUUGUGUAGUGUGUAUACUAGGGUGUAGCGGUUUGACAAAACGUUUUUGUUAUUUAAGGCUCAGAAAUCCACUACAAACUAUUAUUUGGUGCUGCCGCCAGUCACGAUCUCAAAAACUAUUUUUGAGACUUCAUCGUUUUUGAUGAAUAAGCUCUGAAGUAUAGAGAAUCGAUUGCUAUGUGGAUUGUGGACCCAACUUUUAAUAUACACUGAAAAGAUCGUGCAAAUACCUACAACGACGAUAUUUUCAAAACCGAUCUGAAUGGAUUUCUGGAUGAGCCUUAAAAAAACUGAAAUAUUUUGUAAGACCGCUACACCGUAGUAUGAACCUUCAUGAAGUUUCAAAUAUUUCUUCUCCAUGUCUUCUAUCUUUAGGCGCUCGUCUAAAAUAGAUUUAAUUUGUGUCACAUCAUCUUGUUCGAUAUUCAACUAAAAUUUUCCAACGAACUUUCUGUUAAAAAAAAAUGUGUGAUCACUUCCAGGUCGAAUUUAACUAAUGUAGCGAAGUGUGUUGGGAAAGUUGGAAAAUGGAAAUUCCUAAAAUAUUUCACGGUCGAAUCUUAGUUACGCUAUUGCCAUAAUACUACUCACACUUAUAAAUACAAUAAGCAAUUUUAACAAUUAGAAAUUAUUACAUACGAGAUAUUAGAACAGUCGUGUGACCUAUUUUAAAGUAGACUUAAAAACUUUUCCCAUUGAUUUUGUAAACGAAAAGUGUAUAAUCUAGAAACUUCUUAAGUGUAAAAAAAAA